AUGAAUCAACAUGUUGUAGAUGGUCAAACUGUAGUUUCAGCCGGAGGUAUCUUUGAGCUUGGUUUCUUCAGUCCUAAUGGAUCCCAAGGGCGAUAUGUCGGGAGUAGGUACAAAGGAUUACCAGUUGAAAAAGUUGCAUGGGUUGCAAACCGCAAAAGACCAUUAAUUGGAUCAUAUGGAGUACUUAUGAUCAAUGCAAGUGAUGGAAAUUUAUUCCUUGUGGAUGAUAAAAAUAUGUCAAUCUUGUCUACAGAAACUAGUUUGAUGUCCAAUAACACAGUUGCUGUACUGACUGAUCAGGGGAAUCUUGUUCUUUGCGAGUUGAAUAAAUCUAUAGGGCUGAAUACUAGAACAGGGGAGCAAAUUGUUGUCACGUCGUGGAAAGAUGAGAAAAAUCCAUCAUUGGGAAGGUUUAGCUCUGCUGUGGUGGAUCGUCAUGAACUUUUACAAGUACUUAUUUUGAAUGGCUCGUCGAAGCAUUUCAGAUCAGGGCAGUGGAACCGGAGAAGUUUCAUAGGAGUGCCUAGCAUGACUAAAGACCACCACAAUGGUUUUCAACUACUUACAGAUAAUAAUGGGGAGGAACUUUAUUUUUCUUAUGCUAUACUUAAUUACUCAGCUCCAACAUUGAUAUACUUUGAUUCCUACGGAGCAAUAAUUCAAAUAGAUUGGGAUGCAGAUGAGAAUAAAUGGUUAAGGGUACAGAACGAGGGGAAUCGGACUAGUGGUUGUGUCCGGAGAGCACAAUUCCAGUGCGAGGAGACGAUCACUAGUCCAAAUUCUGAUGACGAGAGAAAUAAGGGGGAUGUGUUUUUAUCGGUUUCAGAGAUGAAACUACCAGAUUUCUCACAUUACCUACUUGGGAUAAAAUGGAAUGCGAAAAUUCUUUCUUGA